GGGAUGACACUUUUAGGCUGGAAGGUGAUAAUCGAGAGGCCAACAAACACUUUCUUGUUUUCUUGAACAGAGCAUAGCAAAGCUUUGAAAUUAUUAUAUUAUUAUUAAUUAAUUAUAUAUAUUCAAAGUUGAUGGCUUUGAUGAUGAUGGUGAUGACCCAACUUUAGUCUGAUCACUUUUUUGUUACUCUCUUCUUCUUUCGGUUUGAGCCUAUUUGGAUUUGUUAUUUUUUCUCUGUCUAUUUCUGACAUUCUGGGAUCUGAAGAUCGGAAUCGAAAAGAAUCCUGAUCUUUGCUCUAGAAAUGGGUUCUUGUUCUGACAAGUUGUUCAACAGAGAGAGAACAGUACAUGAGAUUCUGGGUGGUGGCAUUUUUGCAGAUGUGAUCUUGUGGAGGAACAAGAACGUGAGUGUUGGUAUAGUUACAGUAACAAUAGGAUCAUGGAUGGUGUUUGAGAGCUUUUCUUACACAAUCCUCACUCUUCUUUCAAGUGUUCUUCUCCUCUUGCUCUCUAUCCUAUUCCUCUGGUCCAAAUCUGCAUCUAUUCUCAACAGGCCGUCACCUCCAUUGCCAGAGUUUCAAAUAAGUGAAGAAAUGGCUGACGAAGCUUCCAAGUUGUUACGCUUCCAUGUGAAUAAACUGCUACAAGUCUCGUAUGAUACUGCGAUGGGGAGAGACUCAGAGUUGUUUAUCAAAGUAGCUGUCUAUCUGUUUCUCAUCUCAUUUAUUGGAAGCCUCAUGGAUUUUCAGACACUUUUCCACACCGGGGCUUUGGUAGUAAUGACAGUUCCAGCUUUCUACGAGAGAUACGAGGAUUACAUAGAUGGACAUCUGUUGUUCAUCUACAACAAAGCUAAAGAGCUUUACCUUAGAUUCAAGAUAUGGGCUUAUCCGGAAAAGAAAAAACUAAGCUGAGAACCUCUCUUCUUCAAGAGUUUCUUCUUUUUUAUUUCUUGAUUUUGUAAAAGAAAAGACGAAAAUGUAUGUUUUUUUUCUGAUAAAUGUUUGAAUGGUACAGCCAGAAUAUGGGCAACCCACAGAAAUUUAUUUCACAGUUUUGCUUGAAACUGUGUUGCCUCU